UGGCCAUGGGAUGGGGGGCAUGUCUCACCUGGUGCCAAGCUGCUAUGAUGGAGCUGAGGUUGUCCCCUCAGGACAGCCUGCGUUCUAGUCCCCCCUCCCCUCCAACCCCACUCCAGAGCAAUGAUUCAAGGGGAAAAUGUACAUGUGUCAUUUUUCUGAAGUUGAGUUUGGCAACACCAGGUAAAUCUUCUAGUAAGUUGCUUCUUCCCAUGAAGUACAAACUUGCUACUAUAGCUUUAAAAUUGCACAGCACAUUCUUAAUUUGACAGAUGGAAUACUAAUUAAUACUGGUGAGGCUGAUGUGCAUCAUGGGGGGGAUUCUAAUCUUAAUGUGCACACUUGAAAUUCCAGGCUUCAGUGAAGUUGUCGGAGUUUUGAAGAAACCAUGGAUAAUGCUCGAUCAGCAAUCUCUAAUUUGUUUGGAAGUGGGCCGCUGUCAUACACCCGUUUCAGUCUGACACGUCAAAUGGAUGGAGACAGUCAUGUGGAAAUGAAACUGUCUGAAGAGGAGGAUGGUGGAGAAAAUGGAAUGACCGACCAUGUUCAUGCCCAUGUAGCAAAACCCAGAAGUAGUAGGAGAAAUCUCUGGUGCAAGACUGCUGCAACAGGCCUCCUCUUCUUAAUUGGGUUUCUGAUUGGCUACUUGAGUUACCAUGGGCGAAUACAGGCAACAAGCACUUGUGCAGGUGAAAGGAUUGCAUGUGCAAACGCUGCUACUACACCUUCCCUGGAAGAUGAGUAUGUAGAGCCUGAGGUUGAACGAGUUCCUUACUGGAAUGAUCUGAGGACAAUGCUGUUUAAUAGGCUGAGAGCUGUGAACAUGAACAAAGACACAAGGCAGCUGCUAUCCUAUGAAGCUGGCUCUGAAAGAGAUGACAGCCUUGCUAAUGAUAUUCAUGUUCAGCUAACUAACGCCAAACUGGAUAAAGUCUGGAAUGAUGAACACUAUGUGAAACUGCAGGUUCCCAGCAGCUUGCCAAACAAAGUGGUGGCUCAGUCUUCGGGUGGUAGUGAAAAACUGGAAACUGGUGAUGGAUACGUGGCAUAUAGUGCAACUGGAAGAGCAACAGGUAAGCCAGUCUAUGCUAACUACGGCCGGGCAGAGGACUUCCAGAAGCUCAAGGAUCUGAAAAUCCCUGUAAAUGGAUCUGUAGUUCUUGUCAGAACUGGAAAAAUUACUUUUGCUGAGAAGGUGGCUAAUGCUGAAGGCUUGAAUGCAGUAGGUGUCUUGAUAUACUGUGAGCCUGCUGGUUCUCAAUCCACUAAGGAAGGUCUCUUUGGACAUGCUCAUCUAGGAACAGGUGACCCCUUCACCCCUGGCUUCCCAUCAUUCAACCACACACAGUUCCCGCCAGCUAAGUCUUCUGGACUCCCACAAAUACCUGUUCAAACUAUCACUAGUGCUGCUGUGGAAUCCUUGUUCAGCAAAAUGAAUGAAGAUCCCCCUGAGGAGUGGAAGAGUAGGGUCUUCAUUAACAAAAUGACCUCUGAUGAAACUACAGUGACACUUGAAGUAAACAAUCAAAUGGUAGAGAGAAGAAUUUAUAACAUCUUUGGUGUUAUCCAAGGUUUUGAUGAACCAGAUCGGUAUGUUGUGAUUGGAGCCCAGAGAGACUCAUGGGGUCCUGGAGCAGCAAAGGCUGGGGUAGGAACAACUAUGCUGCUGGAGCUUGCCCGUGCCAUCUCGUCUAUGGUGAAAACAGGUGGCUAUAAACCAAAAAGAAGUAUUGUCUUUGCCAGCUGGAGUGCUGGAGAAUUUGGAGCUGUUGGUGCCACUGAAUGGCUGGAGGGUUAUUCUGCCACACUGCAUUCCAAAGCCUUUGCCUACAUCAACCUGGAUGCUGCAGUUCUAGGCUCAAGCAAAUUCAAAGUUUCUGCCAGCCCAAUGCUGUACAAAGUAGUGGAGCAGACUAUGAUGGAGGUGAAGCCUCCAGUAAAGAAGAACAGACCGCCCACCAGAGGUUCUGACUGGACCAAAGAAGUCGUUCCACUGUCCAUGGAUAAUGCAGCCUUCCCUUUCCUAGCAUAUGCAGGAAUCCCAGCCAUUUCAUUCAGUUUCUAUGAUGAUGAUGAAGGGUAUCCUUACUUGGGCACCAAGAUGGACAGCUGGGAGAACCUUGGCUCCGCUGUAACUAAUCUGGAAGACGUUCUUCAGACAGCUACAGAAGUGGCUGGCCAGAUGGCUAUUAGGAUGACAUAUAGUCACGAACUUUACCUGGAUUAUGAGCAAUACAACCAGGAACUGAUCAACUUCAUUAUGAAGAUUAGUCAGUACAAACAGGAUAUAAAAGCAAUGAAUCUGACACUUCAGUGGCUGUAUUCUGCCCGUGGAGACUUCAGUCGAGCUACAGCAGCACUGAGAGAGGACUUCAGAAACACUGACCUGAACAACAAGCUCAUCUGCCGCCAGAUGAAUGAUCGGGUCAUGAAAGUGGAAUACAACUUCCUUUCUCCAUAUGCAUCCCCGAAGGAUACUCCUCUGCGUCACAUCAUCUUCGGUUCCAGUUCCUACACGCUGUCAGCUUUGCUGGAUCACUUGAGCCUCCGGAGAAGCAAUCCAAGUGCCUUUAACGCAGACUUGCUGAAGAACCAACUGGCACUGGCAACCUGGACUAUCCAGGGUGCUGCUAAUGCCUUAUCUGGUGACAUUUGGAACAUAGAUAAUGAAUUUUAAAUCUAUAACUUAACGUGAGGUACAGGGAACCCCACUGUCCCUCAAUCAAAUUACACUAAAUCUAUUGAUGGGAUCUUUGGAAACAUGUCUUGAUCAGUAGCUUGAAAUUGGCUUUUGAUAGGGGAAUGUCACAAGCAGCUAUUUAAGCAGGGAUUUCAGUCUGUACCCACUAAACCUGCAUAUCCCUCAAAGAGGUUCCUCUAACUUUACUACGAUCUCACUGAAACCCAGCUGCUUGCAGUGCUAAAUGUAUUGCACUUGAGAACAAACUAAUUGGUCUGUCCUAAGCCAUAGUCUACCCAAAUGUAAAUGCUGAACUAAACCCAGAACUCUUUUAGUGAGGAGGUACCUCUUUAAAACACCAGAGGUAGACCAUGUUGGCUUCUCCUUUUGAGUUCCAGGCUUGGUAAAGGCAGCUCACUUUUGUAACCCUUUGGGGGGGAAUUAAGUGCUUCCAGUCUCCCUCCUGGAGCAGUGAAGAUGCCUUGAUCAAGUAAAACUUUCUUUUCCCCCACACAGUAGUAGCCCUUAGCUGCUGAAGUCAGCAAGUUCUGAAGUGUCUAGCAACAUUGAGUUACCAUGUGAAUGAACAGCCUGGUUUCCCAGGCACUCUGACUUGAAGAUUAACUCCUCCCCUUAAAUCUUGCAUCACACGGAGGUGAAAUUCAAAGAUUAAGGUACAUCCCAUUGGCACCCUGGCUCAGUCUUUCAUGCCACAAGUCCCAUGGUAACCAGUACUCUGGCUGGAUAUAGCUGACACUUCAGACCAUGUUGCUGUGAGGCCUUUCCUGAAAUCAGCAGUCUCUUGCUGCCCAGGCUUUUGUUUAGGCAAGUAAAUUGGAGAACUUGCAGGAAGGCCUUCACUUGGCACGGAGUUAUUUAUUUAUUUAUCAGUGACAGAGUUCACUAUAAAUGGUGUUUUUUUAUAGAAGAUAAUUAUCGGAAGCAGUGUCUUCCAUAAUUAUGACAGUUAUACUGUCGUUUUGAAUAAAAGCAGCAUCUGCUAUUACAAUCAAACAUGAUACUGGAAUUUUGCAUUCAACUGUAAAACCAAGCAAAGGCCCAUGAAACUGAAAUCUACUUAAUUGCCAGUUCAGCAGUGCAUGCCUUCUAGACAUGCAAAUCAAGAUCUCAAUGUGUCUAGAAAUUGGCGCUUUCAGUGGGAGAUUCAAGUGACUCCUGGAAACUCCAAAAUUCUUAAAUGCAAACAAUUAAACUGAAAUUAAGCUUCCCCCGGUCUUACUGCCUCGCCCUGAGAUCGGGCUCUGUCUUCCCCUUGCUUGAGUUGAUACCUGUCAUUGUGCAGCUCCAGAACCUGCUUCAGGCCUUGAUUUGCUGUGGCAAGGAAAGCACCUCUGAGCUUGGCAGAACCUUGUCGGAUGCAUUCAUUGGUCUAACCACAGCCCUGGCACCACCCAUGUGGAGCCAAGGGUGUUGCGCACCAAUGCUUGCCUGGCUAAGAUGAAGUGGCAGUUGAAUCACAUGGCAGUUUGCUACAAAAUUUCCAGUUCCUUAUGUAUCAUGAGAACCUAACUCAUUAUCGGGAGCAGUGUCUUCCAUAAUGUCUACAGAACAAGGUAGUUUUUGCCUACCAAGGUGUUAUAUCGGAGACAGUGAUCUCCAUAUGUUGCACUAAGGGUGUAUAAUUAUCGGGAACAGUGUUUCCCAUAAUUUUCUUACGCUUAUCAUGCAAUGACAUCACUGAGCUUGAUGGUUAGUAUCUAACGUCUCCUCAAACUCCUACAGUCACGUUUCCACCUUCCUGUGUUGCAGAUGCGCAUGCUAGUCUGUGCCCUUCCUUAAACGUCUCGCCAUUCUGUAGGCUUAACUGUGCUGUAAUCUAGUGUGACUGCUGGAUCUGACUGUUAAAUGAUAGUAAGGCUGUUUCAAUCUUGGAUUCAAAGGAGUUGACACAGGCUUGAACCGAAAUGCAUGGUGCUGGCUUCAGGGGUCUGCAUCCAGACCCAUUAAGGGCUGCUGUCUACCUGUGGCCAAAACCACAUCCUAUUAAAACAUGGGGCAGGACAAGUUACAACAGGGCACUGGUCUGAGACCUCUGGCCCACUACCUGUCUUUAAACUCCUAGUUCCUGUGCUGCCUCAGUCUGGAGAGAACUUAAACCAGGGCCUGUCUCAUGGCCCCUCAUUGCUCAAGGAUGAGAACACUGAGGCUAAAGCACAGGAGGCCAUAAUAGAAGAUGUGUAAAUUGUCUCCUGGCAUCAGCAGCAUCCUUGCAGUAGGUUCCCCUUGUGCCAUUUCUUACCAUGAUCAGAUUUAGACAAGUACAUAGAUGUUGUGGUUGGAAGUUGUCAUGGCUCCUGCAUGCAUCUUGAAUUCAAUUCUGUAAACGUAUGCUUGACAGCUGUCCUGUAGCUAGAUGAGCCAUAGCUCAUCCCUACAGUUUCUGUUCAUUCGGUCUUGCACUGGUACUGAAAUUUGACUUUGAGAUGUGUGGUGUGGUUUGGCUUGUCCCUGAGUUACCUACUGUCUCCUUCAAUAAACUUAAAACGUGAAAGCUUC